AUGGCAGUUGAACAGAUCAAUAUCAAGAACAAAAUGAAGAGAAAACAACUCUUUGCAGAGUUAAAAGACCAGCAAAACAAAGAGCGUCAUAAGAUGCGGAGGUUAAGAGCCAAAGAAGAACGCGAGGACCAAGACUUGAAGGAAGCCAGGUUGCAGAAUAAUGUGCCCAAGACGAUUGAUAGCAUGCGUGUGUACGAUGAGACAAUAGGCCAGGAAAUAGAAGGCGAUAAAGAUGACCUGAUGAAAGUUUUUAACAGCAAUGAGCCUCCGAAAAUCCUGCUCACAACGAACGUGAAUGCCAAGAAAAAGGCAUACGAGUUUGCCAACGUACUGAUCGAAAUAUUCCCUAACGUCACGUUUGUCAAAAGGCAAUUUGGCUACACACUGAAGGAGAUCGUAGGCUUCUGCAACAACCGGAACUACACCGACCUCGUGAUAAUCAACGAAGACAAGAAAAAGGUAACCGGUCUCACCUUCGUACACCUCCCAGCCGGCCCCACCUUCUACUUCAAGGUAAGCUCCUACCUAGAAGUCGAAAAGAUCGUCGGCCACGGUAGACCCACCAGUCACAUCCCUGAGCUCAUCCUCAACAACUUCAAUACCAGACUCGGCAAAACCGUCGGAACCCUCUUCCAAUCCAUCUUCCCGCAGAAACCUGACUUCGAAGGACGCCAGGUCAUCACACUACACAACCAGCGAGACUACAUUUUCUUCAGAAGGCAUCGUUACGUAUUCAGAAACGAAGUCAAAGUAGGCCUGCAGGAACUUGGCCCCCAAUUCACCCUGAAGCUAAAACGUCUGCAAAAAGGCAUCAAGGAGGAAACCGAGUGGGAACACAAGCCAGACAUGGACAAGGAGAAGAAGAAGUUCUACCUAUAG